GAGGAAUCAUGCUAGUCGCACGUCGGAUUGUUUGGGCUUGGAUUGUGUUUGCCGGCGUGUGCGCUGGCGGUGCCUCUGAAUCACGACUUGUCCAAAUUGACCAGGGGCCCGUAAGAGGGUACCAGGAUGCGGAAAGUGGAGUCUUCGUUUUUAGCAGCAUUCCGUACGCCACCGCUCCUACUGGGAAGGACAAAUACAAGACACCACUUCCACCUCCUAAAUGGCAGGAGCCAUAUGAAGCUGUAGACAAAGGCAUCAUAUGUCCACAAUUCAGAUCGCCUUUUUAUAAAGGAAAAUCAAUGCAAGAAGACUGUCUCAUUACAAGCGUAUAUGUUCCUGAUACCGAUCAGAAAAAUCUUCCCGUAGUUGUUUACAUCCAUGGCAGCGGCUUCCAGAUGGGCUAUGGUGAUCAAGGCACACCGAAAUAUCUGGCAAAGAAAAAUUUAAUUGCUGUAACAUUUAACCAUCGACUUGGAGUACAUGGUUUCUUAUGUCUGGGUACACCAACAGUUCCUGGAAAUGCAGGACUGAAAGAUCAAUUAGCAGCUUUACGCUGGGUAAAAAGAAAUAUUGCCAGUUUUGGAGGAAACCCUGAUGACAUCACUCUGGCUGGGUACAGCGCCGGGUCUGCUUCGCUUGAUCUGUUGCUGCUCUCUCCUGCAGCUAAGGGAUUAUUUCAAAAAGCUAUUCCAGAAAGUGGUGCCAACGUUGCAGUGUUUACUAUGCAACAAAAUCCUAUUGAAAAAGCUAUAUUACAUGCAAGAAGAAUAUCAAAUUUCAGUAAAGUAGAUGACAUUCAAGCAUUAGAAGAUUUUUACACAACAGAGUCAUAUGAUAAUUUAUGUUCAGUUUUUUAUUUGAAUGAAUUUUUUAAUUCUGAUAUUGGAUUUACACCAUGUAUAGAGCGUUCUGUGGGCGAAGAAAUUAUUAUAGAUGAGGUUCCGUUGAAUAUAUUAAAAAGCGGUAAUUUCCCGAAGAUUCCUUUAUUAUAUGGAUUUGCAAACAUGGAAGGUAUAUCUAGAAUGCCUUUAUUCAAUGUCUACAAAGAUAGAAUGAAUUCGAAAUUUCCUGACUUUUUGCCAGCAGACUUAACGUUUGAAAAUAAAAAGCAAAAAGAGGAAGUAGCAGAAAUUAUUAAAGAUUUUUAUUUUCAAGGAAAAGAAAUUGAAGAAGAUAUGCCUAGCAUGUUAAACUUUGUUGAUUUUUUCACUGAUACAAUGUUUGGAUACCCAGCCCUGCGCUCUGUGGAGUUACAGCGCUUAGCUGGAAAUAAAAACAUAUACUUAUACAGCUAUUCCUUCGUCGAUGUUGGUGGAAAUUCACUACAAUAUAAAAAUUACACUACAGACAAAGGUGCUACUCACUGCGCUCAGAGUUUUGCAGUAUUAGAUUACAGAAAUAUGCUUACUGGAGAGUUUGUCGAUGAAAAUACUUUGUCUGAUGAAUUUAAACAAAUGAAGGAGGUGAUGAGACAAGUGUGGUACAACUUUAUUGCUACAGGGAAUCCUGUACCGGAGGGUUCGAAUCUGCCAUCAUGGCCGCCGAUGGGAGCGGACUGGUCGCCGCACAUGUCCCUCGGAAACCAGAUCAAGCUUGAGGGUUCCCUAAUGCUGGAGCGAGGCCGAUUCUGGGACCAAAUAUACCAGAAAUACUACAGUUUACCCAAACCACCUAGUCCGACUGAACGAAUCAUGCUAGUCGCACGUCGGAUUGUUUGGGCUUGGAUUGUGUUUGCCGGCGUGUGCGCCGGCGGUGCCUUUAAAUCACGACUUGUCCAAAUUGACCAGGGGCCCGUAAGAGGGUACCAGGAUGCGGAAAGUGGAGUCUUCGUUUUUAGUAGCAUUCCGUACGCCACCGCUCCCACUGGGAAGGACAAAUACAAGGCACCACUACCGCCUCCUAAAUGGCAGGAGCCAUAUGAAGCUGUUGACAAAGGCAUCGUAUGUCCACAAUUCAAAUCGCCUUUUUUUGAAGGAAAAUCAAUGCAAGAAGACUGUCUCAUUACAAGCGUAUAUGUUCCUGAUACCGAUCAGAAAAAUCUUCCCGUAGUUGUUUACAUCCAUGGCAGCGGCUUCCAGGUGGGCUACGGUGAUCAAGUUACACCGAAACAUCUGGCAAAGAAAAAUUUAAUUGCUGUAACAUUUAACCAUCGACUUGGAGUACAUGGUUUCUUAUGUCUGGGUACACCAACAGUUCCUGGAAAUGCAGGACUGAAAGAUCAAUUAGCAGUUUUACGCUGGGUAAAAAGAAAUAUUGCCAGUUUUGGAGGAAACCCUGAUGACAUCACUCUGGCUGGGUACAGCGCCGGGUCUGCUUCGCUUGAUUUGUUGCUGCUCUCUCCUGCAGCUAAGGGAUUAUUUCAAAAAGCUAUUCCAGAAAGUGGUGCCAACGUUGCAGUGUUUACUAUGCAACAAAAUCCUAUUGAAAAAGCUAUAUUACAUGCAAGAAGAAUAUCAAAUUUCAGUAAAGUAGAUGACAUUGAAGCAUUAGAAGAUUUUUACACAACAGAGUCAUAUGAUAAUUUAUGUUCAGUUUUUUAUUUGAAUGAAUUUUUUAAUUCUGAUGUUGGAUUUACACCAUGUAUAGAGCGUUCUGUGGGCGAAGAAAUUAUUAUAGAUGAGGUUCCGUUGAAUAUAUUGAAAAGCGGUAAUUUCCCGAAGAUUCCCUUAUUAUAUGGAUUUGCAAACAUGGAAGGUAUAUUUAGAAUGUCUUUAUUCAAUGUCUACAAAGAUAGAAUGAAUUCGAAAUUUUCUGACUUUCUGCCAGCAGACUUAACGUUUGAAAAUGAAAAGCAAAAAGAGGAAGUAGCAGAAAUUAUUAAAGAUUUUUAUUUUCAAGGAAAAGAAAUUGAAGAAGAUAUGCCUAGCAUGUUAAACUUUGUUGAUUUUUUCACUGAUACAAUGUUUGGAUACCCAGCCCUGCGCUCUGUGGAGUUACAGCGCUUAGCUGGAAAUAAAAACAUAUACUUAUACAGCUAUUCCUUCGUCGAUGUUGGUGGAAAUUCACUACAAUAUAAAGAUUACACUACAGACAAGGGUGCUACUCACUGCGCUCAGAGUUUUGCAAUAUUUGAUUACAGAAAUAUGCUUACUGGAGAGUUUGUCGAUGAAAAUACUUUGUCUGAUGAAUUUAAACAAAUGAAGGAGGUGAUGAGACAAGUGUGGUACAAUUUUAUUGCUACAGGGAAUCCUGUACCGGAGGGUUCGAAUCUGCCAUCAUGGCCGCCGAUGGGAGCGGACUGGUCGCCGCACAUGUCCCUCGGAAACCAGAUCAAGCUUGAGGGUUCCCUAAUGCUGGAGCGAGGCCGAUUCUGGGACCAGAUAUACCAGAAAUACUACAGUUUACCCAAACCACCUAGUCCGCCUGUCAGACAUAUUGAAUUGACACCCGCAGCAGUAAUGUGGAAAACCUGCUAUUUUUUGUUUAUGGUCCUAACUUGCAUCAAUGGAGAUACAGAUAAUUCCAAUGAAGUGAAAAUAGUGAAGACCCCACAAGGACCUGUCCGUGGGUACAGAGAUCCUGAUUAUAACAUUUUCAUCUUCAAAAACAUACCUUAUGCCACAGCUCCUACAGGAAAAUAUCGAUUCACAGCGCCCCUCCCUGCUCCAGCUUGGCUGGACACAUUCGAUGCAGUAGACAAUGGCACAAUAUGCCCACAAAACGCGGACAAAAACAUGUUACGUACAGGCCGAGAGCAGGAGGCAGAAAAUUGCUUAAUAGCCAACGUAUAUGUACCGAACACAAAGGUGAAAAAGCUUCCUGUUGUUGUCUACGUCCACGGCGGAGGUUUCCAGAUAGGCUAUGGAGCAGUCUUUACGCCAAAACAGUUUGUGAAAAACAAACAAGUUAUAGAAGUUACAUUCAAUUAUCGUCUUGCAGUGCACGGCUUCCUAUGCCUAGGCACAGAGUUAGCUCCAGGGAAUGCUGGUAUGAAAGACCAAGUAGCGCUACUCCGCUGGGUCAAGAAGAACAUUGCCAGUUACGGUGGGAACCCUGAAGACGUUACUAUUGUCGGAUCGAGCGCGGGGUCCGCAUCAGUCGACUUGCUCCUGCUCUCACCUGCUGCUAAAGGAUUAUUUCAUAGAGCGAUACCUGAGAGCGGCACAAACAUCGCUCCAUGGGCUAUUGAGGUCGAUCCUCUUGAAAAAGCGAAGAAAUUUGCGAAGUUGUUUAACUUUACUAACGUUGAUGACACCUAUGCUUUGGAAAAUUUCUAUACCACCUCUCCAUUAGAAUUAUUUACGUCAUAUUUGAAAUUGGACGAAAAGGACUCUACGUUUGGCUUUGUGCCGUGUGUCGAAAGGGCUACGAUUGAGGAGGGCUUUAUAACCGAUUCGCCACUGAACAUACUGAAGAGUGGAAAGUUUACGAAAGUUCCAUUAUUGUACGGAUUUGCGAAUAUGGAAGGUUUAAUACGCAUGAUUUUCUUCGAAACGUGGAAAGACGACAUGAAUAAGAAAUUUUCAGACUUUCUUCCUGCGGAUUUAAUAUUUGACAAUGAAGAGCAAAAGGAAGAGGUGGCGACGAAUGUAAAACAGUUUUACUUCGGAGACCAGCCCGUGGGCGUGGACACGAUGCUGGCAUAUAUUGACUAUUUCAGUGAUGUCAUGUUCGGAUACCCUGCUCUACGCUCAUUGAAAUUACAAAAAGAGGCUGGCAAUAAUAAAAUCUAUUUAUACGAAUAUUCUUUCGCAGAAAAGGGUGGAAAUCCUACUGGAUAUAAAGAUUACACAGUAAAUGGAGCCAAUCACUGUGCCCAGUCUACGGCUAUUUUGGACUGGCCAUUUUUCUUAGGCCCUGAAAGAGAAGCUUCAGAAGAAUAUAAAGAAAUGAAGAAAAUCCUUAGCGACACAUGGCAUAACUUCAUAACAACCGACAAGCCAGUUCCCCCGGGUUCGUCGUUGCCGGCAUGGCCGCCGAUGGGCGAGGCAUGGUCCCCGCACAUGUCGCUGGGGCGUGUGGUCGAGCUGCGCGGCUCGCUGCUGGAGGAGCGCGCGCGUUUCUGGGACGACAUCUACCAGCUGUACUACCGCAACCCCGUGCCGCCGCCAUCGCCGCCUGCAAGGCACCAGGAGUUGUAGAAAAUCUUUUAAAAUAUGUUUGUUAACUAACUGUGUAGUUCAUGACAAUAAUAAAAUAAUUAAUAUAUCAUUUAAAUUAAAAGAAA